AUGGCGUGGCAAAGGUAUCGCGCUUGGGACAUUGCCUUUUGCAGCUUUGGAAACGUGGUUUCUACUGGGCAGCAGAGGCACUUAGAGUCAGAGGAUGCAUUGCAACUAUGUCAGGGAGAUACGCCACUGGAAAUGUCCGAGAAAAUCGGAGACAGUUGGCGGAGAAGGUCCGAGACAGAGAAGCUGGUCUUCGUGACGAGUGCUUGGGAAAUCCACAAACACUUGUUGAUACGAGCCGGAAUCUUUCAUGCGCUGGAAAUAGGAAUGGGUUUUGUUGCGCCUCGCAUGAUCAAGCCCUUGAUCGACAACUUAGACUCGGCACCUUCCACUAGCCUGGUGUAUGCUGCAGGGGUGGCAUUGGGGCCGAUCAUCGUCAGUUUGUCCAACUCCCAAUUCGAUAUGACCAGCAACCGCAUUGGAUAUCGCUGCACGGGAGGCUACACUUGCUUCGUCUUCAACAAGAUUCUGCGGCUGUCACAAACAUCUUUGGCAUCCUAUGGCCAAGGGAAAUUGGUAAACAUUAUGCAAGUUGAUACGCAAAGGGUCUCCCGGGCUUUCUUUUUCUUCUUUUACUUGUGGUCUAUGCCUUUGAUGCUCAUUGGCACCCUGAUUCUGCUCUUCGACAUGCUUGGAUGGGCUUGUUUAAUGCCCAUCUUCGUGAUGUUUUGCACGUACAAAUUCAACUCACUCUUAACGACCCGGCUGAUGACACUGGGUGCGGGCCUGAAUCGAUGCCGGGACCAUCGCGUGAAGCUCUUCACCGAAGUGCUCCACGCGCUGCGUUUGUGUAAGAUGCUUGCUUGGGAGCAUCAAUUGGCAGACAUGAUCGACGUUAAACGUCGAGAAGAGAUGAAGUUGCUGAACAAUUUCAAGUCUUGGCAGACGGUUCUGAGCCUUUUGUUUGGUGGCUCAGCGACGGCGAUUGUGCAGCUAGCCACUUUCAGUGCUUACAUCCUCCUUGGUGGACAGCUUACCGCUGGAAUUGUCUUCUCAUCUUUGGCAAUCUUUGAUAUGCUGCAGUUACCCAUGAGUUUGUUGCCCAUCACUGUGCAGUAUUUGGCACAAACCUAUGUCUCCGUGUUGCGCAUUGAGAAACUCUUGCGAGCAGAAGAAGUGGAUCACCGUGCACCCGAGGUCAGUUUCAUUCGAGCCCGACCGGUGAAUGUGGGCGGCAAGGCAGUGUUGGCACCGGUCCGAAUUCAAAAUGCGCAAUUCCUUUGGCCCAGAACCGGUGAAGAGGACUCGGAUGAGGAGCUUCCGCAAGCACCGCAAGCCUCUUCGACGGGUCAGCGUCGUCGAUGCUGUGAACGCUUCCGCAGACGGCAACAGUCUGAAGCGUUGCUGGAAUCUCCAGAUCAAUUGAUGAAUACGAUCAUUCCUCAACGCGCACCACAGCUCUCAAUCAAGGCCUUCCAACUCCUUCAUGGCAAAUUUGUCUUAGUGACAGGGCCAGUGGGUUCAGGUAAGAGCACGCUUCUGUCAUCCAUCUUGGGAGAAGUGCCACAACUGGCGGGUGCUUUGGAGCUGCUUGGUUCAGUGGCCUAUUGCGCUCAAAUACCCUGGAUCCUGCAGGGCACCGUUCAACACAACAUCACCUUCGGCGACGUCUAUGACGCUGAACGCUUUUCCCAAGUGGUGGACGCUUGCUCUUUGGCUCCUGACUUGAGGCAGCUUUCGAAUGGCGCAGACACGGUCAUCGGCGAGAGAGGUAUCACCCUUUCGGGCGGACAGAAAGCACGCAUCAGCCUAGCUCGUGCGGCCUACAGUCAAGCUUCGGUCUAUUUGCUGGACGAUCCACUGUCCGCGGUGGACGCACAUGUGGCGGCACACCUGGUGAGCAAGUGCCUGGGGCCGCAGGGCUACCUUUCCAAGCAGAGUCGCAUCCUCGUGAGCCACCAAACACAAUUCGCCUCCGAAGCCGAUCUGGUCUUGAUCAUGCGCAACGGCGAGAUCGUCGCCGCGGGACCCGCGGCGGACUUCUCCAAGGAGGAGCUGCAAUCGGCCACGGUCUCGGAGAAGUCCACGGAUUGGACCUCCAGGUCCACGUCGACCGCGACCGCGCCCCGAGCGGGACCGGUGGGCCUGUCUCGGGCGGUGUCGGCGCAUGGCGGUCCCAAGACGGAAGCGCUGGAGCUGCGGCGGGCCAUCAGCGAACCGAGCGAAGAGGUGGACGGUGUGGCGAAGGAGGAGGACGAGGAGAGAAAGGAUGCGGAAGUGGAUGGCGAAGAGGAGAGCACCCCUACGCCCGGUGCCGUGAUCCAGGAAAUCGAGGAACGUGCAGAAGAUAUGGAAGAGGGCCACUUGAGUUUGCGAGUAUGGUGCACUUUCAUGCGCGCCAUGGGGUGUGGUGCAUUCUGGGUGAUCGUCUUGAACUUGAUCUCCACCGUUGGAUAUUUGGUCUCGGCACUUUGGCUAGGACAUUGGCCUGAACUUCAAGCUCAGAUGGGCACGGGCGAUGCUCUGGCCGUCUAUGCAGUGAUCGCCUUUUCGAUUUUGUUCUUCACCUUGCUACGGAUUCUGAUGUUUCAAUGGAGUUCCCUCGCGUUGGCCAUUUCAAUGCACCAAAAAGCACUGUGGGCAGUUUUGCGCUCACCGAUGAGUUGGCUGGACACUACACCUGGGGGUCGAAUCAUCAAUCGAUUCUCCUCGGAUAUGUCCAAGAUCGAUCUAGAUUUACAGGGAUCCAUGCAGAACUUGCUCAGAGCUGUUUGUGAUCUCUUUGCCAGCAUCAUGGUGGCAGGUGCCGUGUUGCCCCUCAUCUUCUUGAUUUUCGUACCCAUUUUGCUUGCAUAUCAUUGGAUUCAGAAGGUCUACCGCAAAGCAGGACGAGAGAUUCAACGCUUGGCUAGCAAAGCCCGAAGCCCGAUCUACCAAGGGGUGGACGAGGCGAUCGUGGGCGUGACCACCAUCCGUGCCUACGACAAGCAGCAGUAUUUCAUGGAUCAGAACGAACGGCGCGUGUCUCGAAGUCUACGUUUGGAUUUCACUCAGAUGGGUUGUCAGAAGUGGUUGGGCUUUCGCUUGAAGGCUUUGGGUUCGAUCGUUUCAAUGCUGGUGGCCUUGCUGGUGGUGCUGCACCGCUCUUUAGGCCCCUUGGGUCGUGCCAUUAGCGGGCCGGCAGCCGGCUUGGCUUUGCGCUAUGCACAGCAGCUGAGUAAUGCCAUGGAAGGUAUCUUGAACAAUCUCACGAUGGCAGAGCAGUGCUUGGUAGCCGUGGAGCGACUCAAUACCUACAUGGAGAUGGAAGAUGAAGGUUCACUGGAGACGGAUUUUGACUCAUCCAUCACUUCAGGCCUGGGCUCCGCACCUGCAGAUGGUCAAAGCUCGACUCAAGGAUUCGGAUGGCUGGUGGAUGGCAGCGUGCGCUUUGAGAAUGUGGUCAUGCGCUAUCGAGAGGGAACACCCUUGGUUUUAAAAGGCUUAUCCUUUGAGAUUCCGGGUGGUUCCAGUCUUGGCAUCGUCGGACGCACGGGCGCUGGCAAGAGCUCUUUGCUUCAAGUGCUCUUUCGCAUGAGCCCCUUAGAGUCGGGUGCCGUGUACUUGGAUGGUCAUGACACCUCCAAGAUGGGCUUACACACCUUACGGAAGUCCUUGGCCAUCAUUCCCCAGGACCCGGUGGGCUUCACGGGCACCGUCCGCUUCAACUUGGAUCCCUUCGACCAGCAUAGCGAUCAAGCCAUUUGGGAAGAGCUGGAGAAGGUGCAAUUGAAGUCCUAUUUUCAAGCGCAAGAAGGUCAACUUCAAUUCCUGCUCGCGCAAGGCGGUGAGAACUUGUCGGUGGGUCAACGGCAACUCUUGUGUUGUGCCCGUGCUUUGAUCCGUGGCACUCGGAUCUUGGUCUUGGAUGAAGCGACGGCCUCGGUGGAUUUUACGACUGAUGCAUUGAUCCAGAAGAUUUUACAGAAAGAAGUGAAGACCAAGCACCUCACCACGCUCACCAUCGCCCACCGCAUUCAAACGGUGCUGGGCGGCGAUCGCGUCCUCGUGGUGCAAGAGGGUCGGGCGGCGGAGUUUGGAGCGACCGAGGUCCUACGCCAGGAUCCGCAGUCGAUGUUCUACACCUUCGUCCAAUCGGCCACUGCCAGUGGGCAGCUUUGA